AAACCAUCAUAGAGAAAGAAAUGCGAGAAGUUUGUAUGGGUGUUCUGUGUCGUGGUUCUGUGAUGCAACUAUGAAACCACAGUGAACAAACGCAGAACAAACGCAACGUUUCGUUGAACCAAGUUGAACGCGGGAACUUCAUACUAUUCUACGCCCAUGCUACGCCUGCAGCCUUGCGUCCUGCGUCGCCACACAGCCGAAACGCGCAGCGCGCUAGAAAGCUAAAACGUCGCAAGUACCGUCACCCCCAGUGCUAGAGUGCUAGAACUUCUACGCCUGCAGCCGAUUUUUUUUUUUUUCACACGCGUAGCGCGCCAGAACACACUCUCGAACGACCAUGUCGCAGUCCUCGGACGCCGGCGCGUCUGAGUCGCAGGAGAGUUCAGAUACCAUGAUGGGACGCCAUCUCCGGCACGCUUACCGCACUGGCAUUGAUCAGGUGGAUGAGGCAGAGAAUCGGCCUUAUGAGACUCUGCAGGUGGCACAAGGGCUAUUUGGAGACGUAGCUCGCACGCCUGAGGCCGUGCUGGACUCUGUCCUGGUUAGUUUGGCGGCAUCCAAGGGACGUCAGCUGGCCACCGCGCUGCAAGUGAACCAACAGUGCAAGUUCGACCCGGAGGUGUUCGCAGUGCGGGUCCGCGACUUCGUGUCGGAACCGUCGCAGACCGAUCCGCUGACGGAGAAGGCGUGGGCGGAGCUUGGGAAGCUUGCUCAAGGAACCGUAAAGACGAGCCAACCCUUCUGGUACUUGUACGGCUCGGCAGGCGAUGCGCCGGCCAAGACGAGGCAGGCGCCAGUCAGGCGCACGGUGCAAGACGCUCCGGACAGGGCGCCGACCGUCCCUAAGCAGGUGCGCUCCGUGGAGCAGACGAAUCAAGAGACAACAACUGAACGUGUCGGUGUGAUCCACCAGCUUCUGAGAGACUUGUACGAGCAGUUUGGACACCCUCUACCAUAUAUUGAAUUCAUACUCCACCCGCAGUCAUUCGGCAAGACGUGUGAAAAUAUAUUUCACCUGUCUUUCCUAAUCAACGAGGGCCACGCCCGCAUAAAGUGCGAUGAGAGCAACCUACUGGUGGUGGAGCCCGUGUUUGGGAACACGAGCGCCGAGCGUGAGGCCAACAAAAAUGGGGUCUUCGUAAUGACCUUGAACUUUGUCCAGUGGCAAGAUGCAGUCAAAACUUUGGGUGUCAUGCAGCCCGUAAUCCCAGAUUUGUAGUAUUUGUUGGAUGCCUGGGUUGGAAACAACUCAUUUAUUAAUAAAAAAUUUGCAGCUCACAAAGUCCGAUGCAUGACGGACCGGCUCACAGCC